CUUCCGCCGGAAAGUCCUUGCCGCCCAAGAUGGCGACCGCAGUGAAUAACGACAGCGGAGAGAGGCCAUAGCCGCCGGGCGGGAGCCUGAGUCUCCCCCCCCCUUCCCCGCCCCGGGACACAGGACAUGGUGCAGGGUGAAGAGCACAGAUAAAGAACCUUCCACCACUCCGUAGCCUGUUCCACCUGCCCUGAGGACUUCAUGCGGCAGGACACAGGCUGAUGCCCUCAGCACACCCUGCCAUGGACGGGGGGAAGAACUAUCCGCAGCACGAGCACCAGCAGUCAGGCAAUACACUCUACAGCAUCCCCGGCCUCCGCUCGCAGCUCGCUGUGCCAGCCAUGGAGAAUUCCAUGCUGGCUGCCGACUCAUGGAGUAGCUGCUACCCUGCCUCUUUCCCAACCUCAUCUUUCCCAAGUGAAAACCAGCAAUAUUUUAAUUCCCCUCACGAUUUUUAUAUGAAUUCCAUCAGCAGACCACAUUUCUUGGAUACAAACUAUGCAUCUGUGGACCCCACUGACUUCUUACCAAAAAAUGGUGAUUUUCCUCAGGAUUCUUCAUACCUCGAUGAGCUCUCCAACAACAACUCCCUGUUCUCGUCUCCUGCCGAUUCCCUCUCUGACAUUGCAGAUCCUAAGGACUUCUUGCCUGCAGAUAGUCUGAACCAUGUGCCAACACUAUGGGAUGUAAACACGCCGCAGCAGAACCAAAUAGAGCUGUUCUCACCCAGCAGAUCGUUCACUGGCUUAAACAGUUCAAAUGACCAUGUUCCUGCUGUCCCCAACACACCACUCCUCAUAAGCUACCAGUCUCAGGCUCCUGCAGAGGAGGAUGAUGAAGGUGAGGAGGAAGAAACAGAAGAGUUGGGGCAAACGGAGACUUAUGCAGAAUAUGUACCUUCAAAGUCCAAGAUUGGGAAGCACCACCCUGACCUCGUGGUUGAAACGAGCACUCUAUCCAGUGUCCCCCCACCUGACAUCACCUAUAGCCUUUCCCUGCCACGCUCCGUUGCUGACAAAGGGUCACUCUCUGCACUACAGCUGGAAGCAAUCAUUUAUGCCUGCCAGCAACAUGAAGUUUUAUUACCCAAUGGCCAGCGAGCUGGGUUCCUCAUUGGAGACGGCGCUGGAGUUGGAAAGGGCAGGACAGUUGCGGGCAUCAUCUUUGAAAAUUAUCUUAAAGGGAGGAAAAAAGCUCUGUGGUUCAGCGUCUCCAAUGAUCUCAAGUAUGAUGCUGAGAGAGACCUGAAGGACAUUGAAGCCUCCCACAUUCCUGUGCAUGCUUUAAAUAAGAUUAAAUAUGGUGACACAGCUACCUCAGAAGGAGUCCUCUUUGCCACUUAUUCUGCGCUGAUUGGUGAAAGCCAGGCAGGUGGACAGCACAGGACACGCUUAAAACAGAUUUUGGAGUGGUGCAGGGAAAACUUUGAUGGAGUUAUUGUGUUUGAUGAAUGCCACAAAGCCAAAAAUGCCAGCUCUACUAAAAUGGGCAAAGCAGUGCUGGACCUUCAGAACAAGCUGCCUCGAGCAAGGGUUGUUUAUGCCAGUGCCACAGGUGCCUCUGAGCCAAAAAACAUGAUUUACAUGAGCCGCCUGGGGAUCUGGGGGGAGGGCACCCCUUUCAGAGCAUUUGAUGAGUUCCUGCAUGCAAUUGAAAAGAGGGGAGUUGGUGCAAUGGAGAUCGUGGCAAUGGAUAUGAAGGUCAGUGGAAUGUACAUUGCCAGGCAGCUCAGUUUCACUGGAGUGACCUUCAGAAUAGAGGAGAUCCCGCUGGAUCAGCAGUACAAGAUUGUCUACGACAAGGCAGCGAAGUUGUGGGCAGAGGCCUUGAUGGUGUUCCAGCAGGCAGCCGACUGGAUCGGCCUGGAGUCUCGAAAAUCCUUGUGGGGUCAGUUCUGGUCAGCUCACCAGCGCUUCUUCAAGUAUCUCUGCAUUGCUGCUAAAGUCCGGCGACUCGUUGAGCUUGCCAAGGAAGAGCUGGCGAAGGAUAAGUGUAUUGUCAUCGGCCUGCAGUCCACGGGGGAGGCUCGCACCAGAGAAGUCCUGGAUGAGAACGAUGGGCAUUUAAAUUGUUUUGUCUCUGCUGCAGAAGGCGUCUUUCUAUCACUAAUUCAGAAGCACUUUCCUUCAACCAAAAGAAAGAGAGAAAAAGGAACUGGCAUUAAAAGAAAACGGAAGCAGAGGGGCCGCUGCGCCAAGGCUCUGAAAGGCAUGUGUGACCCUGUGGGUGUGAUCAAGAUCAGUGAUGACAGCAGCACUGACUCUGACAUGGGGCUCGACAGUGACUUCAACUCCUCCCCGGAGUCUGUGUUUGAGACAGAUGAUGUCAUCUUCGUUGAGCACACCUACAACGGCUACACAAUGGAGGACAGAAGUAACUUUCACAUGCUGCCUUCCCAGAAAGAGAUGCAUGGCCUGAGGGAGCUAGAACAUGUGGAAAAGAUGAAGCAGGACCUCCUAGCAAAAGUAAAAGCACUGGGCAAAGAGCUACCUCUCAAUACCUUGGAUGAAUUGAUCAAUCACUUUGGGGGCCCGGAGCAUGUGGCUGAGAUGACGGGGCGGAAGGGCCGGGUGGUUUGCAGACCGGAUGGCUCUGUCAUGUUUGAGUCUCGUGCAGAGCAAGGCCUCUCUAUAGAUCACGUCAACCUGAAGGAGAAGGAGCGUUUUAUGAAAGGGGAAAAGCUUGUAGCAAUAAUUUCCGAGGCCUCCAGCUCAGGUAUCUCUCUCCAAGCAGACAGACGGGUGAAAAACCAGAAGCGCCGGGUCCACAUGACGUUGGAGUUGCCCUGGAGCGCGGACCGGGCCAUACAGCAGUUUGGUCGAACGCACCGAUCAAACCAGGUUUCCGCUCCAGAGUACGUCUUCCUUAUCUCUGAGCUGGCAGGGGAGAGGAGGUUUGCAUCCAUCGUGGCAAAACGUCUGGAGAGCCUAGGUGCCUUAACUCAUGGAGACCGCCGGGCCACCGAAUCCCGAGACCUCAGCAAGUACAACUUUGAGAAUAAGUACGGGGCUAAAGCACUAGACAGAGUUCUCUCCACUAUCCUCAACCACACGGAGAACAGAGUUCCUGUGCCGAAGAACUAUGAUAGAGGGGAGGCUGCGUUUUUCCGUGAAAUGAAGCAAGGUCUCAUCUCUGUGGGGAUCUGCUGCAAUCAGAUGAAGUAUGGCACCGUCUCAGUGGAGAAGGACUGCUCUAUCACCAAGUUCCUGAACCGCAUCCUGGGUCUGGAGGUGGACAGGCAGAACAUGCUCUUCCAGUAUUUUUCUGACACCUUUGACUAUCUGAUUGAAAAGGACAAGAAGGAGGGCAAAUACGACAUGGGCAUCCUAGAUUUAGCCCCAGGAGUGGAUGAGAUCUACGAGGAGAGCAAGGAGGUCUUCCUGACCCCUGGGCACCCGCAGGAUGGGCAGGUCGUGUUUUAUAAGAUCAGUGUCGACAGAGGCUUAAAGUGGGAGGAAGCUUAUGAGAAGUCACUCAAACUGACAGGAUCCUUCGAUGGGUUCUACCUCUCCUACAAGAUGCGAGGCUCCAAACAUACCUGUCUGCUGGCAGAGCAGAGCCGUGGGAAGAACUUCAUCCUCUACAAGCCAAAUAUUGGGAAGCAAAGCCAGCCUGAAAGCCUGGACAGUCUGCAGAAGAAGUACCGGCAGGUGUCGCCUGAGGAAGCCAAGGAGCACUGGGAGAGCAGUUACCGCUUCUCCUUGAAGAAGUGUAACCAUGCUGUCUGGAACAGGAGCUGUAAACUGAUCCAGGAGGGGAAGGAGUGCUUCCAGGGCAUGCGCCUGCGUCACUACUAUAUGCUAUGCGGGGCCCUGCUGCGGGUCUGGAGCAAGAUCGCCAGCAUCAUGGCAGACAUCACCAACACCAGCUACCUGCAGAUCGUCCGCCUCAAGACCAAGGAGAAGAAGAAACAAGUCGGAAUAAAGAUCCCGGAGAGCUGUGUCCAUAAGGUGCUGGAGGAGCUGAAGCAGAUGGAUGAGAACGUGAAGCGAAAGCACAACCAACUCCUCCAGGCCCAAGAGCAGAGCCCGCAGUUCUCCCUGACGCUGCCCAUCCUGCCACAGCCCCCGGACCUCACGCAGACGGGGCCUGGGGUCCCCCUGCCCAGGCAUUCCCUGCACCAGGAUGAGAUCCUGGACUUGACCUACAGCCCUCCUAGCAGCAGCAUUCCCGAUGUGGUAAUGAACCCAGAGCCCAGUGUGUUGUGCUUCCCCUCGGAGUCCAUUCUCCAGCCACACCAGCAGCACGGAUUACCCUUUAGCUUCAGCCACCCUUCUGCCUUCAAGAGCCCGGCCCCCAUCCUGCCUCUGCCUCACCCAGGACCCUUGCAGACACUGCAGCAGCAGCAGGAAGAUUUUGUCCAACAGGAUGGGAAUAUCAAUUUCAGAGAGAUCCUGGAGGACAUGCUAAGGACGUUAAAUGGGGCCCCCCAGGAGAACAUGGUCCCCCAGGAGCGCCAGAGCGUGAUCCAGUUCAGUGGGCCUUUCCCAGACUUCUGAAAGCCAUCUGGGCAUGCCAGGCGAUGCUCGGCCACUGUGGAUCCAUAUCCUUUGGUGCAGAGGUGAGAGCUGGGGAGCCCCGGCUUUUCUACUGGUUUGGACUAACCCUUUUCUGUUUCUGAGGGAAGAAAAGAAACCUAUAGUUCCUUAAAGCAAAGUUUAUUUAUAUAUAAUAUACAGUCAGGCAUGUAUAGAUUUGUAUAUAACAUGCGCUUGGGGGGAGUUGAGCGCUGCCCAGUUCAGCUGAUCUGGACUGAUGGCCUCUGCUGUGUUCAAGUCCUGCUCAAAGGUCAGUGCCCAUGUAGGACUGAGGAGAGAUGCCCCCUCCUCUGUGCCCGUCCCCCUGCAGACUACUGAGUUUCCGAGCUGGGUCGUGCCUUCCCCAGCCCUCCAGCCCAGAGCUCUGUGGCCGCUACCCCCUGAGCUGGGCAGGGGCAUGUCUGGUCUCCAAAACAACCUGGUGACCAGAGUGCUGGUCUGUUACUGAAGGGUGAGAGCCCAGUCCCCCCUGAGAGCUGGCUGACCAAACCGUAUCUGCAUUGGCUGCUGCCAGCUUUCCUCUUGGGCUGCCCCAGCCCUGCUGUGGACCUUGAGGCUGCUCUGGAGGGCUGGGUCUGAAGGCAGGGGUGAAGGGGAAGGGAAUGCUGUCCCAGAGGAGUUGGGAACCACUGAGCUCAAGUGUCCCCCUGAGCAGGUGUAGCUGAGAGAAGCAAAACUGACUGUGCCUGCUCUGCCCUCCCUGGGAAGGGACACUGACACCUCUGGGGCUGCCUGAGCUCUGCAGCAGAGGGCAGGAGCUGCUUGCUCCCACACCUUGUUUGUCAGUAUGGUGGCAAAGCUUAUGAGUUUGUCAGAGCUCAGCCACACUGGGACCAUGGGGGGAAUUCCCUGGAGCAAAAGGGCCACACUUCCCAUCAGCCUGUCCUGCACUUUAGCCUCGGAAGGUCGCUGUGGCUGGCCGUGCUUUGUCCAACUUCUUGCUAUUGCAUGGUGGCCUUUCACCUGGCUGUCUCACCGCUCCUGUUCCGUAGGGCUUGUCCUUGGCUGGGCCAUGGACACAGGCCUGGGUGUCUGGAUCUGGGUCCCCAGCCCUGCCCACCACUGACCUUGGUGAGAGCUGCUCUCAGGCCCCAGAAGGGAAGAGUUCCCUGGUGAGCACCGAGGAUGCGUAGUAUCGCUGCUCAUGCUGCAAAUUCAACCUCCAAUACCAAAGAGCAAAGGGCUGCUUUGCAAAGCACUGCCCCAGACAACCCACUGCCCCUCGGCCAGGAGCGGCUGGGCAAGCUGCCUUCUCCCCAGGACAGAGGUAGCCUCCAGCCACUUCUGCCACCAUCCCUGUUCCAGCAGCAUCUUGCCUCGGCAGGUCCCGGGGAAACUCUCUUUUGUUUUCUCUCUUUAAUCUAAGGAGUCUGGCAGGAAGCUGCCUGCUGGCAGGAAUGCUCCAGGCCUGGCAGCUCCUCCGCAAGCCUCCCCUCUGCUGUUUCUUUUCUCUGCCUUGAGUCAUCGAGGUAUUUCCUAGAAGUGGCACCAGGAUGUUUUAAGGGGAAGGAUGAAAGACCUUCCCUGGCUGGCCCGGCCCUUCCUCCGAGAGGACCUGGGGAAGGAGGUCCAGCCGGGAGAGGCCUCUGCUGGGGUCCCCCAUGCCCUGACAGGUCCGUCUUGAGGGGUCUGGAACUUUACAGUGCCUGGUGGAGUCCUCUCCUCCAGGCAGAGAGCCUUGACCCCCCCACUCCCCAUGUUUCCCCCAGGGCUCAGGGUCUGGCCGAGUGCUCUGUUUGCUGUUGGGAAGUGCUUUGGGUCAGUGUCCGCAGUGUUUGUGCUCCUGCUUAGACGGGAGCUGCCUUCCCCGACACAUUAAGACCAUGGACCUGCCCCGUGCGAUGCACGUGUGGGCUUGUUUUUGAGGUUGCUCUGGUCCCUGCCCUUUGUUUUGGGGGCUUGUCCUUACCCCCCACCUUCCCCAGCUGGCAUCUGCCUCCUGCCAGCCUGCCUGGCCGAGAUCAGCCCUGCAGUCGGGCCCGCUCGGGGCUGCGUUUUACUGCAUUCAAGGAAACCUCCUUACCUCAAAGUAAACACCAAAGACAGGGAGCCCCUGUGUGCCCCUGCCCCGCUGCUGCCCUGAGAGGUUUGUGCUUUUCCCCCAGCUUUGCUCGUGGCAGCCAUGCUCGCCUCUCGCCGCGGGGCCGCCUGGGGAGUGCCGCUUUCUCCGGGUGCCGCAACAGCUUUUCCUAGUCCUGAACAGAGCAAGGCUCUCCCCUUCCCCAGACCCUCCUCUUAUUUAAAAUACGUCCUAGUCCACACCACUCGUGGAGAGGCCCUGCCUUCACCCAUGUCCUGGUUCGUUCGCUCGGCGCUUGCUGAAUUCUCAGUGAGGAGAGGGAAGGACACCGGGAAAACCCAUUUCAGAGAGGUUUAAACUCAGGAAUAACGAGGAGGAAUUCUCCCGCUAGGCACCCUCCGCCAGCCACUUCUCCGCCGUCACCCGGAGCCUUAUCUGCUGGCUUUGAUGUUAAUUUUAAAAUAUAUGCAAUUCUCCCUCCCUGAUCUCUGGAAAGACAGAGAGCACCUUCAAGGAAGCCCUUCUCUGCCCCAAUCCUGUGUUUUUGUCAGGGUUAAUAAUAUGUAACGAUAUCUUUUAACUAAAUUAUUAUGCAGUUGUCCUACUGAUUGUAUGUAUUUUUAAAUGAGUCCCUUUUUUUCUUCCCUUACACCUUUUUGUUAGCACUUUUUAAUCUGCUUGUUGUUUGCCUUUGUUUUUCUAUGUGUAUUUAUAAUUAAUUGAGAUGUAUAUAUAUGUAAAGAGAUUUUUUUAGAAUAUGUGCCUUUGACUAAUAAUUCCUGAAUUUUCUACUUGCCUCAGAAGGAUAAUUUUUCAUUCUGCUCAGUAAAAAUGGAAAGGAAGCCACAUACAAGAUUUCUGUAAGUCCCA